AUGUUCGCAACAAUAUUGCUAAUGCAGCGAACUUAUUUGAACUUUAUUCAAAUAAUCAUAAUUUAUUAUACGUAAUUAUACUUUAAUAGUAACUUACAUUUUAUAUUAGGGUAUAAAAUUUAAACGUACCCCCAUGGCGUAAGUCAAAAAUGAAGUUUUAUACCCUUUUUUCCAUAAUAAAUAAAGUUGUAGAGGAGGCAAAAAUACACAUUCGGUACUCCAGCCACAAUAUUUUUAGGAACAUUUCUUGUUACUAUUCCUCCAACUGUCUCAUUAGCGUGGCAGGAGUUGGUGCAUUAAUUUCUAAUCUUUCAAGAGAUUUUUUUUUAGCUGAAUUACACAUGUACUAUGAGUGCCAUAAUAAGCAAAAAAUUAAUUAAU